CUGUAACAAUUAAAAACAGCAUUAUGUAACAUAUCAAACACAGCCUACUAGAUAAUUGUAUUUGAUAAAUCCUGCGAGAUUUCGGAAGUAUGACGUUGCUGUAAACGAGAUAAUAACUGAGAAUAAUGGGAGACAGAAGUUAAGUAGUAGCAUUCGGUUCUGAUAACCUGUGUUCGUUCGUCAUGGAAGUAGAAACAUUACCAAAAGUUAAUCCCUAUGAAUCAGCUAGUGUAUUUGCGCGCAUGUUUUAUUGUUGGUUAUAUCCAUUGUUCUUGAAAGGAUACAAAACAGAGCUCGAAGUAAAUGAUUUGUAUCGAAAUCCAAAAACAGAUUGCUCAGAAAAAUUAGGUGACCGCUUGCAAAAACAAUGGGACAAAGAAUUAAAAAAGAAACAUCCAAGUUUGUUGAAAGCCGUUAUAAGAACGUUUGGAUGUCUUUACUUUCUUCAUGCUUCACUUAUUUUAGUUGAAGAAUGCAUAAUUCGUGUCUGUCAACCCUAUCUCUUAGGCGUCAUUGUCGAUUAUUACGCUAAUAAGAAUAAAGAAAAGGAGCUUGAUUCUUAUUUAUCAGCAGGGGGUAUUUGUCUUUUAGCUGUUUGUUUUGUAUUUACUCAUCAUGUCUACUUUUUCGGAGCUCAACGAAUUGGAAUGAGAAUAAGAAUAGCAUGUUGCAGUAUUAUUUAUAGAAAAGCGUUAAAGUUAAGCCAUACUUCUUUAGGGAAAACAACUGUCGGCCAGAUGGUUAAUCUGUUAUCAAACGAUGUCAAUCGAUUUGAUUAUUGUAUUAUUUAUUUACCACAUCUAAUAGCAGGACCUCUUCAAACAGCAAUUAUGUUACUUGUUCUGUGGAGAUAUUUAGGAUAUGCUACAUUUGCAGGACUUUCAGUAUUAUUGCUGUAUAUUCCAUUUCAAGGUGGAAUGGGAAAAUUAUUUUCCAAACUCAGAUCGAAAACGGCUAAACUGACAGAUGAAAGAAUACGAUUAAUGAAUGAAAUUGUAGCUGGCAUGCGUGUAAUCAAAAUGUAUACUUGGGAAUUUGCAUUUGCUGAAUUGGUUGAUAAAGCUAGAAGAAAAGAAAUUAAGAAGAUCAGGCAAACAUCAAUUCUACGAGGAAUAAACAUAGCACUAUUUUUCGUUUCUUCAAAACUAAUUUUAUUUUUAUCCUUUUUAACCUAUAUUUUACUCGGAGGACAAUUAACAGCUAGAACAGUUUUUGUUAGUAUCAGUUUAUUUAACAACUUAAGACUAUGUAUGACACUAUUUUUUCCAUAUGGAAUUUCUCAAGGGGCUGAAGCAUUAAUUUCUCUUAAAAGAUUACAGAGAUUUUUACUGUUAGAAGAACAAGAAGAGAAUGAAAUGACUGUUUCUAAUUUAAGACCAAAACUAAAUCAAUGUGGAAUUUGGAUGAAUAAAGUUACUGCUUCCUGGAACAAGGAUGGUGAAGCAACGUUACAAAGAAUAACAUUGAAUGUGCAACCUGGAGAAUUAUUAGCUGUUAUUGGACCAGUGGGAUCUGGAAAGACUUCUUUGCUUAUGUCAAUGCUGGGCGAACUUCCUUCUUCUUCGGGUGAAAUAAAAGUAAAAGGAAGAAUUGCAUAUGCUUCUCAAGAAGCCUGGGUUUUUGGCGGAAGUGUCAAACAAAACAUUUUAUUUGGAAAUGUAUUUGAUGAAGAAAAAUACAAUAAUGUGUUACACGUAUCGGCUUUAGAAAAGGAUAUUAACCUUUUUCCGUAUGGAGAUCGAACACUUGUUGGAGAAAGAGGAGUUAGCCUUAGUGGAGGCCAGAAAGCAAGAGUUAAUUUGGCAAGAGCACUUUAUCUGGAUGCUGAUAUAUUUAUCCUGGAUGAUCCACUAAGUGCAGUUGAUGCUGCUGUUGCCAAACAUAUAUUUGAAAAAUGCAUUAUGCAAUAUUUGAAAAAUAAAGUGAGGAUAUUAGCUACACAUCAAAUACAAUUUUUGAAAAAAGCUACAAAAAUAAUUGUUUUAAAAGAAGGAAAAUGCCUAGCUUUAGGAACUUAUGAAGAGUUGGUAACAGCUGGAAUAGAUGUAGGAUCUCUAGUAGAAGAAAAUGAAGAAACGAGAAGUAGAAAGAACACAACUGGAAGUUUUUCAUCAGCUGAUGAAGAUGUAAUCAUUUCCAACCCACAACCAGCAAUGCUUUAUGAAUCAAAUAGCUCUCUAGCUAUGAGUGAAUUUGAAGGUGAACCUGUAAGAGUUGGAGAUGACAAAUCACCUAAACAGCAACAAGAAACAAAAACUGCUGGGGCUGUUGGUGUAGCAGUUUACAAAUCUUAUAUAAAAGCUGGUUCAGGACCUUUUCUACAAAUUCUUCUUCUUUUAUCAUAUAUUGCAACACAAACUCUCUUUAAUGGUAGUGAUUAUUGGCUCUCAAAAUGGACUGAUGAAGAGCAACUAUAUAUUAAAGAGAAACAGAUUUUUGACAAUCAUACUAAAUACAAUAACAAUACAAACGAUACAAUGAAUAUAAUCCUACCUCCUCGUAACUUUAACAUGUAUGUGUAUUCUGGAUUAAUAUGGGGAUUGUUUUUACUAUCAUUAGUUCGUACAAUAGCAUUUUUUACAAUGUGCAUGAAGGCAUCCAUAAAACUUCAUAACAACAUGUUUAAUUGCAUCAUUCGUGCUCCUAUAGCAUUUUUUGAUAAUAAUCCUGUUGGAGAAGUAUUGAAUCGUUUUAGUAGAGAUAUGGGUUUUAUUGAUGAUGUACUCGAUAUUACAGCUGAUGAUAUGAUAAGUAUAUUCUGCAAUAUGUUUGGUAUUCUUGUAUUAGUAGCAAUUAUAAAUUAUUAUCUCAUUGCACCUACAAUAGUUUUAGCAAUUAUGUUCAUAUUUAUUCGACGUUUCUUCAUUGCCACCGCAAGAGAUAUUAAACGUUUAGAAGGAAUCACUCGAAGCCCAGUUUUUUCUCAUCUUACCACUUCACUCUACGGAUUAGCAACAAUAAGAGCAUUUCGAUGUCAAAGAACAUUUGAAAUUGCAUUUGAUAAAUAUCAAGAUAGACAUACUUCAGCCUGGUUUUUGUUUUUGGCUGUAACUCGUUGGUUUGGAAUACAUCUUGAUUGGCUUUGCGUUUUGUACAUUGUCACAGUUACAGUUGGUCUUAUUCUAGCUCCAGGUUUGUCUUUAGGAGGUGAAAUUGGACUUGCAAUAUCAUCUGCUUUAGCUUUAAGUGGAUCUUUCCAGUGGGGUGUAAGACAAUCUGCUGAAGUAGAAAGUCAGAUGACAUCUGUAGAACGUGUACUUGAAUAUAGCAGGUUACCAUCAGAGGCUGCUUUGAGGUCAUCUCCAGAUAAACGACCUCCACCAGAUUGGCCAAAUAAAGGAAUGAUUACAUUCGAUGAUGUAUCUUUACAAUAUUUAGAAAAUGAUCCACCAGUUUUAAAAAAUCUAAACUGGCAUGUCAAACCUCAAGAAAAAGUAGGUAUUGUAGGAAGAACGGGAGCAGGCAAAAGUUCAAUGAUUGCUACUUUAUUUCGAAUGACUGAACCUACAGGAACUGUUUAUAUUGAUAACAUAGCUACUAGUGAAAUAGGUUUACAUGAAUUGCGAAAUAAAAUUUCUAUCAUUCCUCAAGAUCCUGUAUUAUUUACUGGACCUGUUCGAAGAAAUAUAGACCCUUUUAGUGAACAUAUUGAUGAAACUUUAUGGAAAGUGUUGGAAGAUGUUCAUUUGAAAGAUGCUGUUCAAGAACUUCAAGGUGGAUUGGAUGCAGAAUUGUCAGAAGGUGGUAGCAACUUCAGUGUAGGACAAAGACAACUGAUUUGCCUUGCAAGAGCAAUCCUUCGUCAAAAUAAAAUCCUUGUACUGGAUGAAGCAACAGCUAAUGUGGAUCCAAAGACCGAUUCUUUGAUACAAGAAACGAUACGAGAAAAGUUUGCUUCAUGCACAGUUUUAACAAUAGCUCAUAGACUUCACACAAUUAUGGAUUCAGAUAGAGUUCUGGUUUUAGAUGCAGGGAGAAUUCAAGAAUUUGAUGAACCAUAUGAACUUCUAAAAAAUAAAUCGGGAUUAUUUUAUAACAUGGUACAAAUGACAGGAGCUGCAAUGUCGAGACAGCUUUACGAAAUUGCUAAACAGGCAUAUUAUUUUCACAAAAGAAGAAACAAAAUUAGUGAUAAAGAAGAAAAGAAUAAAAAUGUAUUUGGUGGACUUGGAGGUGAAAAUAAUGUGAUAGUUAUGAAUGGAAUUAAUUUUGAACCACCUGCGUACGAUACUAUUAUUACUCCAAGAGAUUCUUUUGCACUGGAAUAUGGAAGGUUCGAUGAAGAAGUCACAGCGCUAUAAAUAUAAAUAUAUCGGUUUAAAAUUAUAGCAUUUUACUAUAGCAUUUCGAAAAUGAUCAUACAGAACGAUAAAAUUUUAUAUAUUUAAAAUUUUUUAAUUUUAAUAUUCUUGUAUAGUAAUUGUUUUCUUAAAAUUUGUUCUCUUAAUUCUUAAAAUUAAAAAUUAAAAUCUCAAAUAAAAUAGGCCUAUUUAUAUACGAAUUGUUUGAUAAUAUAAAAAAAAUACUCUCUUAAUGAAUCAUUCAUUAAAAUAUUAUCUGAAUUUAUUCAGAGCUGUUUAUUGAUGAGAAAAUAUAUUAUUAUAAAUGCAAAUAAUAAUAACUUCAGAAUAUUUCAUUCUACAUUUUAAUAAAUUUAUUUU